AGACGCAGGUCAACCGCUAAACAGUGAAGGCCAAGAGUCCCGCGCUGCAAGCGCAUAGCCGGCAGAGGGCAAUGGAACUCGCUUUCUGGUCGUGCGGGGCGCAUGCGCAUUCUGCUUGCGGAAGCGGGGCCAGAUCGCCAAGGAAGAAGGGAACUUCCCUUCCUCAGGCCAGGGAGGAGGAGGCGCCGCCCUGGCUUUGGGGCAGAUGGGGCUGCAUCCAUCUUAAGGAAAACGCUGCUGUUCACAGCCCUACCUGCUGAGGAGUGAGAUUCCCUGCGCGUCUCCCGGAUAUUUUUCUGAAACAGCACUAAAGACUUAAUGUUCUGGGCUGUUCCUACGUGUUUUCUUCCGCACUGUCUGUUGGGAUAUAUUAGCAAGAAUUAUUUUACAAAUCUACGUAUUCCUUAGGGAUUUUCAUUGAUAACCAUAGCAGGCCGUAAUGUGCCUUCUUCGCAACCUCUGUCAGGAUUGAUUAUGAGGAGAAACACAAGAAGAAUUGUGAGGAAAAUCUACAGAAUACGGGGACCCUGCAGAGGAAGGAGUAUGUGGCCGGGGCACGGCGGCGCACUGUCGCGCAGCUCGCGAGAAAGGGGCCCUUGCAGGGAAACCCCGCACUCUGCAUCCCUGCGUUUCCACAUUGUGAGGGGCUCAUCUUUCCUACAGUGCCAAAUUCACUGAAAAAUAGUGAGACAAUGAAAGGGAGGGGCACUAAUGCAUCCUUCAAUUGUUGCUAUUAAAACGGCAAGAGCCACGUCUUUAAUUUUACCCUAGCACUGCAGAUUUAAAAGUGAUUUUCAUUACACAUGCAAGGGGAAAGCUACACUUUUGUGAAAAAUAGUUUCUACCCCAAAUGAAAGCAUAUUGCUUAAAUAUUUCUUCAAAAAUAAGUUAUUAUUCUGUGCUGCAGGAUAUAUCCUGAGACAUUUAUGCUGCAAAUUUAUUAAUUUAUCUAUUAAAACAUUUUGUUUAUAAUCAAAGCGAUUAUAAAGGUAGAAUAUUUAUUUGGCGCGUCCCUCAUAUUUUUAUUCUUGUACUGGUUUGCAGUCCAUAGGUUUUCAGCUAGACGUGACACACAGAAACUCACAAUGAGGAGCCUUUCUCUUUCUUGACUGUAAAAUAUACAUACUCCAGAAUCAUCAAUAGAGGCUAUUUCUUGAAUAUCUCAACCUGAACCCCGCAGCCAGAAAGAAUGUAGGCAAUUAAUCCAAUUUUAUAACUGCAUCUGAUAUUCAGCUAAUUACCUGCUGUUCUCCUCAGAAAUUAUCAAAAUCCCCAAAGCAGAGAGUUCUCUGGAUAAAGGCACUAAUGUUCCCCUUGGAGGCUUUUAAGACAUUGGCAAAAUUAAAGGAAUCUUCCUGUUUUCCUUUUAUUCAUCUAAAUGAUUUAUCUAACUGGAGAAGAAAGCUUCAGUGCAAAAGGCAUUUGCUAAUUAGAUUCAAUUUUUUUUUAACAUUUAAGGGAAACAGGGUCUAUACUUCACCUAAUAAAACUGACGAAAUUAUCAGCUAAAUGCAAAGAGAAUCCACAAACAAAUUUAUACAAGUUCUAGAGAGAGGAUGAAGCCCUGAGCUCAGGGGCCUGUUAGAGAUGGCACGCUCAGUAAUGGUGCACCCUCACAGAUUUUCCUUCUAGUUCAGUUCUAGUGAUUACUGGAUUACUGUUUUCCCCCAAUACCAUCUAUUAUUCUUUAUGUUGUCAAAUAAUUUUUAAUCUUAAAAUGACUAAUUCUGAGUUCAGGCAUAUGGUGUCUGGCCACCUGCAAGAAGUUUAGGUGACUUUGCCAAUAAAAAUGAUGGAUUUGUAAUUAAUGAGUAAUAUUGAAAGCAAAACUUGCAUUAUAAUUCUGAAAUUAGUCCAGUGGGGAUACAGGCAAGAAAUAAAUUAACAGACAGAUUAAUACACAAUGAUAUAUUAGAAAUUAAGUAAAGGUUCUUUUUGUAUUUUCCCCAGCCUGUCUUAUAACAUUCGCUUCUUCUGUUUGGAUAACUUUCCCCAGGAGAUUCAUUUUAAAACUUAAUUCACUUAAAAUAACGUAUUUUUUUUUAUUUAAAAAUACUGUCAGCCCUCCACAUCCAUAGGUUCCAUCUUCAUGGAUUCAACUAAUCUUGAAAAGAAAAUAUUCACAAAAGAUUUGCACAAGUUUCUUCAAAGAAACCUUAAAUUUUCCAUGCAUCACAUUCUUUUUGAGUUCACAUAAAUGACGUGACGUCUGGGCAUUGCAUUAGGUAUUGCAAGUAAUCUAGAGAUCAUUUAAAUUAUAUAAAUUAAUGUGAAUAUGUUAUAUUCAAAUUCUACACCGUUUUAUACAAGGGACUUGAGUAUAUACAAAUUGUGGCAUAUUUAAAGUUUCCUAGACACAAUCCUUUAUGUUUACUAAGAAACGACGUACACAUGAACUUUACAGAAAAUAACUGUCCUACCAAAUUAAUGAACAGACUACAAUAGAAAGUAAAUAUCGCUAGUUUAAAAUACUGUUAUUUUAUGUCACAAUUACAUGGUGAAUCAGAGUAGAGAUCUUGAAUUAAUUUUGAUUGAAUUAGGCUAAUUCUGACCGGGUCACACUCAUAUUGACUGAGUUUUGAUAAAACCACUCCCAUGCUGGCCCUUCAUGUUGUUUAAUCAGCACCACUAGCCAAUCACAUUCAUCCACUUUGACAAAUCCCAUGGCUCCACCUCUUAUAAGACCCUUGGAGGAUUUCCCCAAGAGCUCACUCUACCAAAGCACCAUUUGACCGGUCCCAGGCCAGGGCACACUCUUCCAUGCUCUGGCUGUGCUGUGCUAGAGGCUGAUAAUUUUUCUCCAGGUAGAGUAAAAGAUCAAGGCACAAACUAUAUAGAUUUACAGAAAAUAGGCCAAAGAUUGAGAUUUUUUUGACACAAGCAAGUCCAGAGAACUUUUACCAUGUAUGGUUACCGGCGCUUAAGAAGCCCCAGAGAUUCCCAGACAGAACCACAGAAUGACAAUGAAGGAGAGACCAGUUUGGCUACCACACAAAUGAAUCCACCCAAACGUCGCCAAGUGGAGCAGGGUCCCAGUACAGGUGCAAAAAUACCCUCAAUUUCAGGAGCUCCACACCUGAAUUCAUACCAGUCCCUGGACCUUCCCCAGAAGCAGCAGGAUUCUGGCACUGAGGAGCUCAUGAUAGUCCUGGAACAAGGGACAGAAGUGAGGUUGAGCCUGGAAGAGGUCAUCCUCAUCUUGGCCCCAGAGACAGUGCUGCAGCUGACCCUGGAGAACACAGUCCUUGUGAUUGUCCCUGAGCAUGUCCUGAGGUCAGAAGAUGGCCUGCAGUCCCCUGUGCAGAUCCAGUACAUCAUACCUUCCAUUGAUGACUUCAGCUUGGAGUUCCAUGCUCAAGAUGGAGACAUCUCAGACAUGAGAAGAGAGAAUGCGCCUUUUUCACCUGCAGAAGAAGGGGAGGCAGCACCCCUGUAUCAGCAGCCCUUGAUGAUACCCCCAGCAAACCACAUGGCUUGCAUCAGCCCUUCUUUCCUAGUAACCCCAUUGUGCAUUUCACGCUGUCAGGCAGCCUUCCCCCAAUGCUACCCUCUACCACCCACACCUAGUCCCGUGGGACGCCCUAGACCAGCUGACUCCAGUUUCAGCCUGCAUGGUAUGGAGCUCUGGUGCACCUCCUCCCUCAGACCUAUGCCCCCUUCACCAAGUCCUGGUCCCCAGGUCUAUCACAGGGUUCACCAUAGGCCUCCCAGCAGGGCACGGAGAUGUCUCUUUAGGAAGUGAUUUAACCAAGAGCCACCCCCUGCAUUGAUAGGUCAGAGAUUGUCCAAAUCCUUAGUCAGUGCAUUCUCUGAAAUGUGGAGAGAAAGUAAUUUGAACGACCACUUGCUUCCCCUUUGCUGUUCCCCAUCAUCAACCACUGUCUUCAACAGCGGAGGGUCCCAGAUGCUGCAGGGAGGGGGAGAACUGCAGGGAGUUCAAAUAAAACAUUCACAUUUCACUUCACACACACUGUCCCUUAGACUUUCUCUUCCUAUUUAAGCACACACAUCCAACCACACUCAAUCGAAUCCCUGGCUGCUCCAUGUGAGAGUUCUGCUUCCAGCAUGACGUGGCCUGAAAGUUCAUCUGAAGACAGCUGCUCACUCCCGGGGGCUAACACCGCCCCUUGCAUGCUGAUGUCCUUGUAGUCAUUGGUCUGAUGCCACAAUAAAUAAUUCCUAAGGCUGAGGCUCUAUUUCUGCCCUGAGACUCUCCCCUUUUUCUCCAAGUUGUGCCCCAUUCCUUGUUUUGGUCUAGGUUCCCUACACUCCCCAGGCCAAUGCUUUUGAAUAAAUCUUGACGUCAUUGAAUGAA